AUGCCAUUGAAGCUUUUCCUCUCUGUGUUGCUCAUCAGCCUCCAGAGCGCUGGGGGCUGUCAUAGUUCUUCCCAUCGAUUAGGGAAGAGUAGCUCUGAUUUCUCUAUAAGACUUGGUUCCAGUGCCAAAGAGAUCGUCCUCAACUGCAAGAUAAUAGAAAAAAACACUGACUUAGCAUUUGCUCUGUAUAAGCAGUUGGUCUCUCAAGGUUCUGACUUGAAUGUUAUCUUUUCCCCGUUGAGAGUCUCCAUGGUCCUGUCCCUGCUGACCCUUGGGACCCAUUCUGUUACUCGCGCUCAAAUCCUUAUGGGUCUGGGUUUCAAUCUCAAGGAAAUUCAGGAGGAAACAAUCCAUAAAUUCUUCCAGAAUCUGAUUCUCAACCUCAAUUUGCCUGGUCCCGAUCUUGACCUAACCAUGGGGAGUGUACUCUUUGUUGAGGAGAGGCUCAGACUGUUAGAAGACUUCUCACAAAGUGCAAAGACCACAUACAUGUCAGAAACUCUCUCCAUUGACUUCCAAUACCCUGUCAGGGCUCAGAAACGUAUUAAUGACUACAUAUCAGAGCAAACGCACCAGAAAAUUGAGGGUUUGGUCAAAGAUGUUGAUGCCAGCACUAUGAUGAUUCUAGUGAAUUAUAUCUACUAUAAAGCCUCAUGGGACAGAGAAUUUGAUCCCAAAAGGACUAAAGAGAGUGACUUCAUUGUGUCAGAGAAGACAAUCGUGAAGGUCCCCAUGAUGACCCAUGAAGAUGUACACUAUUACUUCCGGGAUAGGAGCCUCUCCUGUAGCGUGUUGCAUAUGGCUUAUGCGUCGAAUGAAUCAGCUUUGUUUGUUCUUCCUGACCAAGGACAGAUGAAGCGGGUGGAGGCUGCCCUAACUCAAAAGAUUUUGAAACGAUGGCUCAAGGGACUCAAGAAGAGAGCUAUGGAAUUGCAUAUUCCAAAGUUGUCUCUUUCUAACAAGUAUGAGAUGCAGAAGAUACUUCCAGCCCUGAAGAUUACAAGUCUCUUCUCCAAAGAGUCUGAUGUCUCCAGCAUCAUUGACCUAAGCAACAAACCUAACCAUCUGACCCCUCUGCUUACUCAAAUGAUACACCAGGCUCGAUUCGAGAUGGAUGAGACAGGCCCUCAUACUGUUAACAAGAGCUUCAUCAAGGUCAAGAUAUCAGCAGCUCGACACCAUGUGUUGGAAUUCAACAGGCCUUUUCUGGUUCUGGUUCUUACUCAACCUAACCAAAGCAUCCUUUUACUUGGCAAAGUGGUCAACCCGAAGGAAAGGGAAGGUUCAUCUGCUUCCUCUUCAGCUUAGGUCCUUCCUCUAGAAAGCCAGAGCAGCCACCUACCCAUACCCACCUCCUGGGGGAGGGGAGAGCAAGGGUGGACCAGUGUACAGCUUGCUAUGAAUAAAG